CUCUCUGUAACAUUCUGUCUUUGUAUGUAUUUAUUAUUCUUCCAGAUCAGAGUCUGUUUACGCUGAGUCUUGGAUGAAGAUGAUGAUGAUGAAGACAUCACUGGGGCUUCUGCUGCUUGGCCUCGUUGCAACAUCUGCUGCUGCUGGACCAGGCUCUUGCUCUGGUCGGUGUGGUGAAGUUUACACUAGAGGUCAGCAGUGUAACUGUGACUACGGCUGCAUGAAACACAACGAAUGCUGCCAAGACUUUAUGGCUACCUGCACCAUCGUUCAGUCGUGUCGCGGUCGCUGUGGUGAGACGUUCAGACGAGGUCUCCAGUGUGAAUGUGAUCCUCUGUGUGUCCAGUACAACACCUGCUGCCCCGACUACCAGCUGCACUGUGAUGCCGGUGUGUCAGUCCCACAUCCAGGAAGUUUCCAGGCUCUGAGGGCUUCAGGUUCAGGAAAGCGAAAAACUGACAAGAGCCGGAAAUGGUCCAACAGUGAGAGCGAGGAAUGGUACUCAGGACGGGGUCGCUGCCCUCAGAACCAGGGGUCUCGUUGUCAGGGUUCAUCUCGACCUGUCAACCCUCUGACCAGCAGCUCUGCUGGAUCCAGACGUCCUGCUGCACCGGCAAACCAGCUGCAAUAUGGUGGGAAUAACAUCCCUGUUGGCCGGAUGCCGAUGCCCGUCCCUCCCUCCUACAGCGGGGCUCCAUAUUCCCCAGCACCAGGCUCCUUCCUACCCGCCAACGGUGCUUUCUCUCAGGGCAACAGGGCUCCGUAUUCUCCAGCACCAGGCUCCUUUCUACCCGCCAACGGUGCUUUCUAUGCGGGCGGCGGUGCCCUGGUGAGCCCCUCCACUCCUGGAGGCAGCAGAGUGAACGUCCAUCUGCUGCUGUCGCCUGGAGGAGCUGCUCCAUCUGGGCCCAGCCAAGGUUUCAGUGGUCCGGCUGGUCCCAGACCCAGCACCCUGCAGGACGUUGCUCAGGCUCUGGGGCUCUCAGUGGUGGAUGGAGGACCUGCAGGACCAGGAAAUGGAUUCCUCUCUGAUGUUGACCUCUGCAGUGACUCUCCCAUCAACGGACUGACGGCUCUCCUCAAUGGAACCAUCCUGAUAUUUAAAGGUGAGAUGUUCUGGUCCGUCGAUCCUGUCAGUCGCUCAGUUGGUCGUCCACAGAGCAUCACAGACACUCUGGGCAUAUCUUCUCCCAUCGACACCGUCUUCACUCGCCUCAACUGCCAAGGAAACACCUACAUUGUCAAGGGAGACCAGUUCUGGCGUCUGGAUGGGAACAUGGUGAUGGAGCCUGGUUACCCCAAACCUCUGACCUCAGAGUUUCCAGGUCUGACAGGAAGCAUCAGCGCUGCACUGGUGGUUCCAGCCACCAGAACCAAACCAGAGACUGUGUUCUUCUUUAAGAACGGAGACGUCCUGCAGAGGUUCACCUUCCCAGCAAGCAACACUCCGACCUGCAGUCCGAUUCUGAGGAGCCCCAUGAAGAGUCGCUUCACUCGGCAGGCUGAGGUUCUUCUAAGUGGAGAAAUCAACAUCAAAGUGGCUCUGAAGGGAUUCCCCACUCCGGUCACAUCAGCUCUGUCCAUAGCCAGUCCUCUGGGGAACGACAGACACCAACACUACGUCUUCUCUGGACCUCUCUACUUCAACGUCCAGAUCUCCAAGGACCUGCCGGCGCUGGCCAGGCCCGACCCGUACGCAACCCUCUCACCCCAACCCAUCUUCAGUCCCGCUGCCAUGGCAACCAACCCCGCCAACAUGGCCGCUCAGAACGCUAAUCCUCCCCAACCGACCAACUCUAUCACAGUUUGGCUCCACUGUCCCUGAAAACAUCCCGAGGAGACGAUAGAUUCACUGUUCUAGUGUUUUCUGCUUCAUCACAAAACUCAAAAAUCUACUUACGACUGCUGAGCAAAAAGUAGGAAUUUAGUGUAUUUCUUUAUGCAUUUCUAUAGCAUUAAUUUUAACAUCCCAUCCUCCAUUUUUCUGCACAUCCUAAACCCUGCAGCUGUUAAAGACACUUAGUAACUUUUAAUGGCAUGAAGGCAUUUUAAAGGUUCAUGUCCCACAGCUGGAUUGUGGGUAGAACUUAAUUCAUUUUGAAGAAUGUGACGUUGAUAAAGCACAAUUAUUAUUGAAGUCUAUUUUCCAAUUUCGUGGAUAACUUGUCAGGCAAGUUUGUUUAAUCUUCAUCAAAAUUGGAAAACCAAAGAUGACAUUUCUGAUGAUAAAAACCGGAGAAUGUGAAGCAUUUAGUUUUUGAUUAAUUAAAUUUGUGUUCCACUUUUCAUUAUGGAGGUAAAAUACAUUAAAAAUGCCACUUCUUUGUUAUUUUAAAGCUCUAUGGAGGCCACACUGCUUCCCAAAUGUUAGAAAACACACGACAUCGCUGCUACUCAAUAUUCCACUUUAUUAUUAAAACGUGUAUUAACAGCUGACAGACAAAAGCAAAACUAAAAAUUACAAAACUUAGACGCCUCCCGUGAAAAUAACGACAAAACAAGCAGUGAGUUUCACCAACAGUGUGACCUUUCAUGUCUCAGAAGCGCUCACAUACAAACAAAGCUGUCAGAUCUAAGCUGUAAUAGUGUGAUUAUUGACUUUGAUUUACUGAUGCACUGAAUUUGAAAGGCAGAUUUUUUUAUGUCCAAACGGUGAUGUCACCAUUAGGCGACGCCCCCUCGGCCCAUGGUUCCUCCUCUUCCUCCUCGGGAAAAGGUUCCUGUAAAAUGGAGAAACGUGAGGAGAAAGCAGGUUAUCAGUUUGGUUCAACGUUGUCACUGUUUAAUGCUGCUCUUUGCUUAUUGCACUUCAAUAAACUGCUUCAUCAUUACAA